UACUUGACGUUUCAGUUUGACGUUGACAUUUCAGCUGGUACAAUAUUGUACAUAUUGAAAAUUUCAUAAUUUAUUUACACUUUUCAUAUUAACGUGUGAUAAUAUAUCAGUAUAUAUAUCCACUUUAAUUCUCACCGAAAAUUGUUGUUUUUGCAGUUGCUAUUUGUACAGUUAGUGGUUGCUCCUUAGUUCUCAUAAAAAGAGCUUACUAAGGAAUCCAGCAAUGUUCUUGUCCAAGGAACCUUGUGAAAACUGUCCAGUGGAGUCUCCACAAGACUUAAGCACAGCACAAAAAAGAAGAAUCAGGCGCAAAAGACUCCAGGCCGCCCGCACCACUAAUCCUAUCACCACCCAUCAAACCAUCAAUAUAAUUGACAGCAUCCGAAGAGAUAUCUCAUUCUUACAAGCCACAAACAGCUCUCUUGUACUAGAAAUAGACCCCCUACCAAUCAAAUCUAAAUGCAAAAGUUAUGAUAUAGAAAAGGUUAUAAAGCCUGUCAAAGAAGUUCGAGAAUCCAAAGACAUGUCUUCCACAGAAAAAUCUAGGGAGGAAGUUAAGGCUGCUAGAGAAGCUAAGAAAUUGGCAAAACAGAAGAAGAAAGAACCAGAUCAGACGGGGCAAGAAGCAAAGGUUGCUAAAGAUUUAGGAGUCACAGAAAAGGGAAAUGUUAAAGUGAGUCCUGUUAAAGGAAAGGAUGAGGUUGACAAAGCUAUCAUUAACGCAGAGAAACCUAUAGUUAGAGAAAGAAAUGUAGCAGUGAAAGAAGAAAGCAAGGCUAAAGUAGAUAUAGUUACUAAACCUGUUGACAAAACGGAUAAAGCAGAAAGUGCUGCCACAUCAGCAGAUGACAAGUGUAAGGAUCAAAUCAAAGCUGAAAGAGCAGCUAAGAAAGCAGCUAAACAGGCUAAGAAGAAGGGAUCAGAAGGAGAUGCUCCUAAAGGAGAUGCUCCUAAAGGAGAUGAAGAGAUGACUGUUAAAGAUGUUGUAAAUACAUUGAAGGAUAUUGUCAUUGUUGCUAAAGAAGUGCAAGAUGUCACUGCUAAGGUGCAGGCAAUUCAAUUGGAUGGCAAAAAGCCAGAAGAAUCAGGGAAGAGUAAAGCGGAGCUGAAGGCAGAGCGGCGGGCGAAGCAGGAGGCUCAGCGAGCAGCAAAGCAGGUUGCCACUGCUGCCAAGCCUGCAGCCAAGCCCGCUGACAAGCCUAAAGAGACAACUACAUCAGCCCAAACAGCUGUUGACAAGGAGAAAUCCCCAAAACCGAAGACAUUAGAGAAAUCUAAGCCAAAGGCGCAAGUCCCGCAGCGAGUGAGCUGGUUCCAGCACCUCAGUGUAGACUCUGACAAGCAGCAGAAAAUCGCCAUCAACUCCAACCUGCACCCCGCCAUCAUCAAGUUGGGCGUGCAGUUGUCUUCGCGAGUGGUGUCUGGAUCGAACGCCAGGUGCAUAGCAUUAUUGGAUGCUUUGAAGAAGAUGGUAUCAGAUUACACCCUCCCAGCGCGCACGGAAUACGCGCGCGGCCUCGAAACGCACUUGAAGGAGAGUCUGACGUACCUGUGGGGCAUGCGACAACCCACGGCAUCGCAAGUGAAUGCCGUCAAGUUCUUCAGGCACCAUCUGACGCAGCUGCCGCAUAAUGUGGACGAAUUUGACGCCAAGAAGAUACUGCAUGAAGAAAUAGACCGAUACAUCCGCGAACAGAUCGACAUGGCGGGUGAGGCCAUUAGCAUCGCAGUACGGAACAAGAUCUCGCACGGGGACAAGAUACUCACCUACGGAUGCUCAUCCCUAAUAGAGCGCAUCUUCCGCGAAGCGUGGGCCGCGGGCGUCAAGUUUGAAGUCGUAGUCGUCGGCAACAGAAUACAUCCCCAAGGCAGAGAGAUGCUGCGCCGAUUGGUCAAAUAUGGAGUGCCUUGUACAUAUCUGGAUAUCACUGCUGCCAGCUAUAUCAUGCAGAAGAUAAGCAAAGUCCUGUUCGGCGCGCAAGCGCUCCUAGCGGACGGGUCGGUGCGCGGCGCGCUGGGCACGGCGCAGCUGGCGCUGCUGGCGCGCGCGCGCAACGUGCCCGUGCUGGUGGCCGCCGAGACGCACAAGGUGUCCGCCCGAGUGCAGGCCGCGCCCGCCGACCACAACGAACUAGGUGACCCGGACGACUUGAUCGACAAGUCCGACCCCAACUCGCCCCUCAAGGACUGGCGCAACAACCCGAACUUAACACCACUGAACCUCAUGUAUGACGUCACGCCGCCCAGCCUGGUCACCGCCGUGGUCACUGAGCUAGCCAUCCUGCCUUGUACUAGCGCUCCUGUUGUGCUCAGGUUCAAGUUAUCUGAGUAUGGUAUAAUGGCGGAGUAAAUGCUUGAUUAGGUUACGUUCCUACCCUUUAAGGCCAGAGCACACCAAGAGCGAACCGUGCACGCACACGUCACGCAAGCGGUGUGUCGUCUCUCAUAAGGAUUUGUAUAUUACGUCUACGCACACGCAUCCGGUGUGCACAGAUCUUUAGUUUUAAUUGAACUUUGAAAGCCAUACGAUCUGUAUCAUAAUGUAUAAUACCAGUUCGGUUUUAUAAAAGUAAUGUUCUCGCGAAAUUGACUUUUACUGGAUAUGCCUGCGAAAAGAGAAGGCAACUGUCUAUUUCCGUUAAAACACCUAAAAUUGGAAUAUAAAAUAAGUUGGUAAAAAACUUUUACAUGUACUUACACUAAACUUUUCUAGCAAUCUGGUUCGAAGGACCAAAAGCAACUUGCCUUGGGAGGAAGUGACAAAAUGCCAAACUAAAUAGUGAACAUUGGCUGUAGGAAUGGUGCUAUGGAUUUGAACAUUUUCCUUAUUCAGAGCUGGUAGGGUUUAUAAAAUAUAGUGAAAUAUUUUAUAAGCAACACUGACAUCUCUAGAAGUAAGGAACAUUAUAGAAUGAUUUAGCUUGCUAAAUUGUUUCUACUCCAAUGACAGUAAAAUUAUACUCAAUCUGUCGCAACAACUAAUAACAUCCUCCUUUUUUAAGUCUGUUAAAAAGGGACUGUUUCCUUAACACUUUCAGUUUGCCCCAUUUCCAGUACAAAAUGAACACACAUAUGUGUUCUUGGCAGUGAAAGUGUUAAGCUAUGGUUUUGUCACAUAGAUCUUUCGGUUUAUUUAUUUUAUAGGCACACUGUUGUAUCUUAGCUUUUAUAAUGGUUGUUCCGAAUUUGUAAAUAAGUACUCUAUUUCCAUAUAGUUCUCAACGCUCAAAUGUGUAAAUUAUUGAAAUAAUUACUUAGUUUGCUGUUAAUUUAAUUUUUUGUUUGACUCUGUUGUUAAGUGUAUAAAUUGUGUCUCAAUGUAUACUUAGUUGCAGCUGUGUCACAUCGUAUUUUUCCUUUAAAUUAUCAGCCUAUGUAUAAAAAUUUGUACCUAAGCAGAUUAAAUAAAACAAUUAUUAUAAAAACACCUUUA